AUGAUACCCAACAGUGCGUUGAGAGCACUGGCCCUCGAGUUUAAGAGUCUUCAAGAGGAACCGGUCGAAGGAUUUCGAGUCAAACUCGUGAAUGAGGACCACCUGUUUGAGUGGGAAGUGGCCAUCUUUGGCCCCCCGGAGACCCUCUAUGAGGGCGGAUAUUUCAAGGCUCGAGUUACUUUCCCACAGGAUUAUCCCUAUAAUCCGCCUGUCCUUAAGUUUCUAACAAAAGUAUGGCAUCCGAACGUAUAUGAAAACGGCGAUCUAUGCAUUUCAAUACUACACCCGCCUAUCGAUGACCCCCAAAGCGGUGAACUUCCGUGUGAGCGCUGGAACCCAACACAAAAUGUCAGGACUGUAUUGUUAAGCGUGAUCUCACUGCUCAAUGAGCCCAACACCUUCUCUCCGGCCAACGUUGACGCCUCUGCUCGAGUUACUUUCCCACAGGAUUAUCCAUAUAAUCCGCCUGUCAUUAAGUUUCUAACAAAAGUAUGGCAUCCGAACGUAUAUGAAAACGGCGAUCUAUGCAUUUCAAUACUACACCCGCCUAUCGAUGACCCCCAAAGCGGUGAACUCCCGUGUGAGCGCUGGAACCCAACACAAAAUGUCAGGACUGUAUUGUUAAGCGUGAUCUCACUGCUCAAUGAGCCCAACACCUUCUCUCCGGCCAACGUUGACGCCUCUGUUAUGUAUAGGCGUUGGAAGGAAUCCAAAGGCAGAGACAAAGAAUAUGAGAAUAUCAUUAAAAAACAAGUGACGGCAAGUCGUUUGGAGGCAGAGAAGGACAACGUUGUGGUUCCGCUAACACUAGAGGAGUAUUGUAUAAAACACAGAACGAAACCAAACGAAACGGAGGCCGAUAUGACUGACUUCUAUGACGACGAUUACGGCGACGAUAUGGAGGACGACGACGAAGACGACGAUUACAAUGAGGACGACAACGAAGACAAUGAAGACAGCGGUAACGGCGAGUCAUGAUGUCUAUGCGGGCCUCCAUUCACUUAAAUUAUCUUCUAUUCAAUCAUUUUAUAAUUUCACUCACAAAAUGACAUUUUAUGUAUAAAAUUGUGCGAAUAUUUUCAAUAAUAUGUAAAAACUAAUGUAUGGGUGAAUGGAAUCAACAAAAAACAAAAACCGGUAUCUGUUUUGGUGUUAAUCCAGUGCUCAUCCGCCAUAUCUGCCAUUAAAUCCCAUUUAUUCUCAGAUUUAUUAUUAAAAAAUUACUCUUUUAUAAGAAAAUAUUUUAAAAUGUGAUAAACAUUAACACAUGAAAUACAUUAGCAAAAUAUAUAGUAAAUAUUGUUUAAUAUUUUUCUUAUAUAACAAUAAUAUCUGAGAAUAUAGAAGAUAAUGAAGAGAAGAGAUACCUAUUAAUUGAUAAUUAACAGCGAUUAUGCUUUGCUUCCCAUUUAUGAUUAUUUUAAUUUCUA